AUGUAUGAGAAACACAAAGGCCACUUGGUUGGGCUCUUUCGUCAACCAGAGCAGCGCUUGCUCUCGGCCUACUAUGACGACGACGACCUGUUUCGGGCCUUUCCGGAUUACAUCCCCGUGUGCUCGACUGAGACGAUGACCCAGGAAAUGCCCAUGGAGGCGGUCGUUGUCUUCAUCCAAAAAUGGGCAAGGUAUGAGACAGGGCAGCUGGUGGGAAAGCUGGAUUUAACUGCAGCAGAUGUGCCGAAGGCCAUUGAACGGCUGGAACAUGGCUUUGCUUUCGUGGGCCUGCAAGAAGAAUGGGAGAUCCUCAAUGGCUGGGUGGACGAGCUGGAUCGUCCCGUCUACGCCAAGGCCAAGGAGAUCUUCGAACAGGAUCUGCUGAAGUUUGGGAUCUCCCAUGAGACCUGCAAGCCUUGUUAUGAUGAAGCAGGCCUCGUAUGGCAGGAGUAG